CCUAGACUCGCUUCAGUCCAGUGUCGCUUCAGACAUUCCAACAUGGCAUGCUUUCACUCUCGAUAGUCAUAUAUGACACUUAUUGAGCCUUCAAGAUGCCGUUCCCAUUUAUUCUGCCUACCACGUCGGCAUUCUCCUUCUCGUCCUGCUUCAGCUGUGACUCUCAUCCGUCACUACCCAUCCACGCCAGCACCCAGCGAGGGGUCAUGCGAGAUGCCCUCAAGAAACACAAGCGCUUGCCUCCAGCCUCGCGAUCCGGCGAUCUCGCCAUCGUUAUAGCCAGCCUGGACGGGUACAUCCCCUACCUUCUCGCCGUGGACGCCGGCGUGAGCUCUAGCGCUCUCGUUGGCGGGGAGAGCAUCAAUGUCGUCCUGAAGACGGCGCCGGCCAUUAGCUGGCGGCCGACGUUGUCCGGCGAUAUUGUCCCGGGGAAGGAACGGCCGCGGGUCAAGAUCAACUCGUUGGAGUACGAAAUUUUCUUUGUUCUAUCAACGCUCGCAUUUGCCUACGUCUCUACCGCGAGAUCAAUACUUCAGCCGCUAUACGUCAUCAAUGGGGAAUUCAUCGGCUCGACGGAGAGGACAGCAGCUAUCCAAACGGCAAAUAAGCACCUUCUUGAUGCCGCCUCGCUGUAUGACUACCUUGCAAACCGGAGCGAGCAAAUAUCCAGCACCCCGCCCAGCGUGGACGUGGCCCCGACCACGGCCCGCGGCCUGGCGUCUCUGGCGCUGGCCGAGGCAACUCUUCUUGCAGUCACGAAAGAUGACCCGUAUCCCGCCGCCGUUGCGCAAGAUAGGAACAAAAACGACAAGGAGUGGAUGUUCAAGUCGCCGGAUAUUCCCAAGACAAAGGCCCACUUGAAUGCCCGUCUCUGUCUCGCGGCGUCGGACCACGCAGCCAAGGCGGCUUCACUGUGUCAGUCUGCGGGCACCGGCACCGGCAAGAUGAGCCAAGCCGUGACCAAAUACAUUGAGGACCUUCGACGGACAAGCCGAGCCAAGGCUUGCAGGUUCUUCGGCAUCCACGCGGAAAUCGAUGGCAAUACGGCCGAGGGCAUCGGCUGGCUCCGUGCGGGCUUCGCAGCGCUCGGCGUCGAACCCAAAGACAGGGACGGCAAGAAAGGGUUGAGUUUCAGCCGGCUCAAGAAGGACCUGACGGAGAAGAGGGAAGACCGGCGUGUCGAGAAGGAAACGGCCUGGGGUGUCGAUGCUGGUCGGCUAGAGGAAAUGAGGAUCCUCGAGAUGCUUGACGCGAAGUGGAACAAGAUCAAUGACACUAUGAACACCCAGCUGAUACCACCUGUCAAUUCGCUCCUCGCCAAGAUGCCCUCGGGGCGCGAGAUUUGCACCUUACGGCCGUACCAGCCCCCAGUCCUGGAAAGAGACGUUCUGGAGGCUAUGCGAUCUCCUCCAGACGGAGAAGAUGACUUAGGCCACGAGUUGAGCUCCGACGACGAGGCUCAUGGCAGUCCAGCCAUGCCCGUGGGAGCCUACCCUGGAACAUCGGUAGACUAUGGGCGGACGAGCUCCACGCCCGGAAGCAGUACGUAUUAUUAACAAGGCAUAUACCGAACUAGGAAAUCAAGGAACCGAAGCGUGCUAUUAUGUAGUUUUAAGUCAAGGUCUACUUAUUAUGCAUUAUUAGGGGCAUGCCGCUCCUACCGAGCAGGCCUUUUCUCCAUAAAUCCCUAGCCGAGAAAACCAAGCGAAGAAACGAAAAAAAGCAUCAAACUUUUUGAGCCUGUCCCUUUAUCCAGUGUCGUUAUGCGUCAUUCCUUGGCCGUCGU